AUGCGGAGCGUCACGUGACGCUCCGCAUUGUGACGCAGAUCAGCUGACUGCAGAGGAAGCUGCAUCCUUCUCACGACCUUCAUCGUUUCGCUGAUUUUCUGCGGUUCCGUUCCCGGUUCUGUUCCUGGUUCCGUCCCGGUUCGGCCCGGUUCCGACCCGCCAUGGCGAGUCAGUCUCAGGGGAUCCAGCAGCUGCUGCAGGCCGAGAAACGAGCGGCAGAGAAGGUGACGGAGGCCCGGAAACGGAAGAACCGGCGCCUGAAGCAGGCCAAAGAGGAGGCGCAGGCCGAGAUCGAGCAGUACCGUCUGCAGCGCGAGAAGGAGUUCAACAAGGAGGCGGCGGCCCUCGGUUCCCAUGGUAACAGCGCCGUGGAGGUGGACCGCGACACGGCGGAGAGGAUGGCUCGCAUCCAGGACAGUUACCGCGGUAACCGUGAGACGGUGCUGAACGAGCUGCUGCGGCGGAUCUGCGACAUCCAGCCGGAGUUUCACGCCAACUACGCGUGGCGGCUGCUGAGGGGGCGGGGCUUCCGCUGCCCUGAGGGGGCGGGCUUCCGCUGCCCUGAGGGGGCGGGGCUCCGCUGCCCUGAGGGGCGGGGCUUAGUGUUGCUGUUCCUGUGCUGUUUACAAAGUAUUUGUACUUCAAAAUAA